AUGGCCGCCCUCUGGUGCACGGCCAGGCCAACGGCGCAUAGAGCACAUCGUCGUUCGAGAAGCCUCGCUUUGACGCUCGCUACGCACACAGCGGUGAAGGGGCCGAGGAAGGCAAGAACCCGCCCGCCUGCUUCAGCCGGAGGGCCCGUUCCUUCUACGGCUUCUCCUCUGUCUUCUGACUGCGGCCUCACACAGCGGAAUGGAUGCGGCUAUACCGCAUCGUAUCGCUAUCGUGAGAACUGUGCCCGACGCGCCCCCGUCGCUGAUCGCUCGCAUGAAGCGAGACGCGAGAACCGAGCGCUGACGCCCGUUCCGUUCCAUCACGCUCAAUGCAUCACUGUGACGCCUCGAUCCGACAAAGUUACAGCUUGGAAAAACUCGAGAGAACAUCUGCCAUUUCUUCGACAAUCGGGUAGCGGCACCACAGCGGACUGGUGUCCUGGUCAUCGUCCACCAGUCGUCGUGGACGCACUACCGUUCCCUGUCCAUGUCCCUGGCAUAACCCUACAUACCGCAAGGCUCACUCGGCAGCACCGCAACCCAGGUCCCAGUCGUUCCUGGUUCCUAGCUCAGUUCCCUCGUGACCACCGACCGUGGCUGCUCGCUAGACGCCCAAGCAUCGCGCAUCAGCCUUGGACCCCACCCGCACUCAAUGCCGUCGCUGCUUUCGAAAAGCGCCCCACUCCUGCUGAGAACAAAGUCUGGAACAGUUUGAGGCAGCAUGGUGCCGCUUGA